GGAGCCCCUCUACUUUGAACAGAAUGGAGCAGCCGAAGGGGGUCGAUUGGACGGUCAUCAUCCUGACAUGCCAGUACAAGGAUAGUGUCCACGUCUUCCAGAGAGAGCUGGAAGUGCGACAGAAGCGGGAGCAGAUCCCGGCCAGGACACUGUUACUGGCUGUGGAGGACCCUGAGACGCGUGUGGGCAGCGGAGGAGCCACCCUCAAUGCCCUGCUGGUGGCUGCCGAACACCUGAGUGCCCGGGCAGGCUUCACCGUGGUGACAUCUGAUGUCCUGCACUCCGCCCGGAUCCUUAUCCUGCACAUGGGCCGGGAUUUCCCUUUGGAUGACUGUGGCAGGGCCUUCACCUGCCUCCCUGUAGAGAACCCCCAGGCACCAGUGGAGGCUGUCGUCUGCAACCUGGACUGCUUGCUGGACAUCAUGAGUCAUCGGCUGGGCCCGGGCUCCCCGCCAGGUGUAUGGGUUUGCAGCACCGACAUGCUGCUGUCUGUUCCUCUGGACCCAGGGAUCAGCUGGGACAACUUCCGGGGAGCCAGAGUGAUUGCCCUUCCAGGGAGCAUGGCCUAUGCCCAGAACCAUGGUGUUUACCUCACCGACUCCCAGGGCUUUGUUUUGGAUAUUUACUACCAGGGCACGGAGGCAGAGAUACAACUGUGUGCCAGGCCGGAUGGGCGAGUGCCACUGGUCUCCGGGGUUGCCUUCUUCUCUGUGGAGACUGCUGAGCACCUCCUGGCCACCCAUGUGAGCCCACCCUUGGAUGCCUGUACCUACAUGGGCUUCGACUCUGGAGCCCGGCCUGUCCAGCUGUCUCUCUUUUUCGACAUCCUGCUCUGCAUGGCUCAGAAUGUGAACAGGGAGGACUUCCUGUCAGGACAUCCCCCGGAGAUGGGGCAAGGUGACUCAGACAUCGCAGGUUAUCUGCAGGCUGCCCGGGCUGAGCUGUGGAGGGAGCUUCGCGAUCAGCCCCUCACCAUGGCUUACGUCCCUGAUGGCAGCUACAGCUACAUGACCAGCUCAGCCAGUGAGUUCCUGUAUAGCCUCACGUUCCCAGGGGCUCCCAGUGCGCAGGUAGUGCACUCCCAGGUGGAGGAGCCGCAGCUCCUGGGGGCCGAGAGCUCCGUGGUCAGCUGCCUGCUGGAGGGCCCUGUCCAGCUGGGUCCUGGGAGUGUCCUGCAGCACUGCCACCUUCAGGGCCCUGUUCACAUUGGCACCGGCUGCUUGGUGAGUGGCCUCGAUGCGGCCCAGUGUGAGGCACUGCAUGGCUUGGAGCUGCACGACCUCGUCUUGCAGGGACAUCAUGUGCGGCUGCAUGGCGCUCCCAGCCGAGUCUUCACGGUCUUUGGCCGUCUGGACAGCUGGGAGAGACGGGGCAUAGGAACGUAUCUCAACAUGUCCUGGAGUGAAUUCUUCCAGAAGACAGGUGUUCGAUCCUGGGAUCUGUGGGAUCCAGACACGCCCCCUGCAGAGCGUUCCCUUCUUGGUGCCCGCCUCUUUCCCGUGCUCCACCCCUCGAGGACCCUGGGACCCCAGGACAUGCUGUGGAUGCUGGAUCCCCAGGAGGAUGGGGGCAAGGCCCUGCGGGCCUGGCGAGCCUGUUGGCGUCUGUCGUGGGAGCAGCUGCAGCCAUGCCUGGACCGGGCUGCCACACUGGCCUUCCGCCGGGACCUGUUCUUCCGCCAGGCCCUGCUUAAGGCGAGGCAUGUGCUGGAGGCCCGGCAGGAUCUCAGCCUGCGCCCGCUGAUCCGGGCUGCUGUCCGAGAGGGCUGUCCCAGGCCCCUGCUGGCCACGCUGGACCAGGUUGCAGCUGCUGCAGGAGACCCUGGUGUGGCAGCCCGGGCUCUGGCCUGUGUGGCGGAUGUCCUGGGCUGCAUGGCAGAGGGCCAAGGGGGCUUACGGAGUGGGCCAGCUGCCAACCCUGAGUGGAUGCGGCCCUUCUCAUACCUGGAGUGUGGGAACCUGGCUGGGGGUGUGCAGGCGCUUGCCCAGGAGCGGGACAAGUGGCUGAGCAGGCCAGCCCUGCUUGUGCGAGCUGCCCGCCACUACGAGGGAGCUGGGCAGAUUCUGAUCCGCCAGGCUGUGAUGUCAGCCCAGAACUUUGUCUCCACGGAGCCAGUAGAGCUGCCAGCACCUGGGCAAUGGGUGGUGGCUGAGUGCCCGGCUCGUGUGGAUUUCUCUGGUGGCUGGAGUGACACGCCACCCCUCGCCUAUGAGCUUGGUGGGGCAGUACUGGGUUUGGCUGUACGAGUGGAUGGCCGUAGGCCCAUCGGGGCCAGGGCACGCCGCAUCCCAGAGCCUGAGCUGUGGCUGGCAGUGGGGCCUCGGCAGGACAAGAUGGCCAUGAAGAUCGUGUGCUGGAGCCUAGAUGACCUGCAGGAUUACUGCCAGCCUCAUGCCCCAGGGGCUCUGCUGAAGGCAGCCUUCAUCUGUGCGGGGAUUGUGCAUGUCGGCUCCAAGCUUUCGCUGAGAGAGCAGCUGCUGCAUACCUUCGGGGGUGGCUUCGAGCUGCACACCUGGUCUGAGCUGCCCCAUGGCUCUGGUCUUGGCACAAGCAGCAUCCUGGCAGGCACAGCCCUGGCUGCCUUGCAGAGGGCCGCGGGCCGGCUCGUGGGCACAGAGGCCCUGAUCCAUGCAGUGCUCCACCUGGAACAGGUGCUCACCACAGGAGGUGGCUGGCAGGACCAAGUGGGUGGUCUAAUGCCUGGCAUCAAGGUGGGGCGCUCUCGGGCUCAGCUGCCACUGAAGGUGGAGGUGGAAGAGAUCACUGUGCCUGAGGGCUUUGUCCAGAAGCUCAAUGACCACAUGCUCCUGGUGUACACUGGCAAGACCCGGCUGGCACGGAAUCUGCUGCAGGAUGUGCUGAGGAGCUGGUAUGCCCGGCUGCCUGCCGUCGUGCAGAAUGCCCACAGCCUGGUACGGCACACGGAGGAAUGUGCUGAAGCCUUCCGCCAAGGGAGCCUGCCUCUGCUGGGCCAGUGCCUGACCACAUACUGGGAGCAAAAGAAGCUCAUGGCUCCAGGUUGUGAGCCCCUGGCUGUACGGCGUAUGAUGGAUGUCCUGGCUCCCCAUGUGCAUGGCCAGAGCCUGGCAGGGGCAGGUGGCGGGGGUUUUCUCUAUCUGUUGACCAAGGAGCCACGGCAAAAGGAGACUCUGGAGGCUGUCCUGGCCAAGACUGAGGGCCUUGGGAACUACAGUGUACACCUUGUGGAAGUGGACACUCAGGGCCUGAGCCUGCAGCUGCUGGGGGAUGAGACCUCAACCUGAUGUUCCUUCCCAGAAAUCUUAUCCCUCUGUAAGAGGAGAAAACCUGGAGCUACAGUGGCCCCACCUUUUCUUCCCCCAAGGGAGUGUCUGUCAGCCUUCUACUCUUUACCUACCCUUUUGUGAAUCUGCUCCCAAAGGAAGCCAGCCAACGUGAGUUUGGUCACAACCUUUUCUGGAGCUUGGUGAAACAGAUGGUGCCUGGGAAUAGGACUGUGAUCUCCUGGUUGACCAUGGCCUAGGUGAGGCCUCUGCUCCAUCUGGACAUAGGAAAGUCCUAAGCUCAGUGUCCCAUGUAGCCUUUACAAAUCCAUGGCCCACCUUGGGCUUUGGCCUCCUCAUUCUCCAUAAGGGCCCAAAGAAGGAGUGGCAACCUGCUUUAGCAGAUGGCUGGGGUCCCUUGAUAAGGCCAACCCUGAAGAAGCUCAUUGAGGCAUUUCCUGUGGCCUUCCUUAGAGGUCAGGCUUCUGUUUGAGAAGAGUUAUCCUGUUCAACACUCAGUCCUAGGAUGACUUGAUGGGGGAGUGGGAACAGGGGUAGGGGCUCAUACUCCUUGUUUGUGGCCAUGAGCCAAUGCGGUCUUACAGCGAGUCACUGCUAAUAGAGGCCUUAACCAUUAGAACUACAGACUAUGCCACAUGACCCAGUGCCUAUGGGUAGUUGGUUCUCAGGAUUGCAACCUUCUUGGAAUAAAUUUGCUCUGCCCUUCCA